AUGUCGGGCUACUAUCCCUUCCCACAAGAGCGCCGCCAGAUGGAGCGCCGCCAGACAACUCGCGCUCCGCCCUCACGUAUGGCCGACUUCGACCUAUCUCCGACCUCGACCUCGACCGACAACCACAACAGCUCCAACAGCUAUGGGUCCACCAUUCACCGCAUAGAACAAACAUUCCGUGGGCAACCCCCGCUCAACUUCGGGCCCUGGAACGAUCCGCUGUCGACACCGGAGCUGCGAGCUCAUCAGCAGUCGCAGAUGGAGUUCCACCAGACGCCUGCCGGCGACAGUUUUCAAGAGCAACAGAGAACUGCUCCUCCAACAAGCGGGUUCGCUGAACGCUUGUUUCCUUCCCAAGACGACAGCCUUUUCUUCUCUCAAGCCUACCCGGCUCCUCACAAUCAGCUGGGUGGCAACACCUCAACGCAUUCAAGGUCAGAAUUCCUUGACUGGGCCGACAACGCCCUCCAAACAGACUCCGGCUUUUCUCAGCAGGCGCCGCUGGCCAAUCUACCGCCAGUCCCCCAUCAUCGAGGUUCUCGCGUUCCGCAGUUGUCACACACCUCCCACCCUGGUGCCCGUGGCUCCAUCCCUAAUGCCACACGAUUCCCUCACAGCGCUGCCUUCCUCCAAGAUCAGGAGCUUACUCCGGACGCUCAGUGGCCGCUCAGAUUUGCUCCUGAUGGUACGAGCAACACUCAAGCUGAGUGGUCUGGCGAAGAAGAUAGGUUCGACUUCUUUGUGAACCCUAACGCCCUCAACGAUGACCACCAAGGCGCUGGUUCCUUCCAUGAGGCAACUCCUAACCCAGCGACCCCUCUAGUUGCUACUCCUUCGAACACCGCCUACACCAGGCCUGUCCUGGCCCCUGGAGCUCGAAAGAUAGCUAUUCCGAGGGCUAGAGCGCGUAUCGCUGUCGAUUCUGGAUCCAGAGCUGGGUCGAGCGCUCCAAGCCAGGACUUGGACGCUGUUGUUGGGGCUGUGAAAAAGCGAGGAAGCAAGUCGUGCAAAGACAGUGACAAGGUCCCUGAGCAAGCACCAUCUCUUCGACCAUCCGGCUUGUACUUCAGCAGCCUCCAGCAUGCCCGACAAGAAGUGAAGGGGCUCAGGUGGGAUCCACGCCCCGAUGAGACGUUGCCAACCAGCCAGGAGGAGCGUGAAGCCGUCGUCCAAGAGCUGUUCGACGCCAUGCAAGACAUGAGCGUUUUCGAGGACAAGAAGAGCAGCAGCGUCCUCAAGAAGCGCUGGCUGGGUGAGGCAACACCUACGGACGACAAGGAGGGCUCCAAGAGCGAUGAGGAGGACGAGAGUGCUGACGUCGACGACCCUGCAACCACCCAGUACAUUGCCAGGGACGAUGUCUACAAGCCUUGGGUGAAGGAGAAGAUUUGCUGGGAGAUUGUCGAGACUGCCGAGCGUAUCUACGUGGAAGGCACCGACUUCGUCUCCAUCCUGGACCCGGCCACUCUCCGAGAAUGCGAGAAGUGGCGCCACCUGACCUUCCGCAAGCGCAUAGACACGCUCGUCAAAGUUUGCAGGAAGUUCAAGAGUCGCGUGGACAAGAUGCUGCGCGGGGGUGUCAUCGAGGAGUACGUGCUUUGCCCGGGCAUGCUUCUCAGGAACAGCGAGAUGAACAGGCACCACAACGAUGUGCGCAAGGACGACAUCACGGCGGGUCGACAGCGUGCUGGGAGGCCAAGCAAAGCGGUUGCUACUGCCGCAGCUGGCAAGCGGAAGCUCAAGGAUUCGGACGAUGACGAGCCGGCCGUGGUGAAGAGGGUGCGAUUCAAACGAGACUAG